AUGGAUAACAGUACAGAAGUGACUGAGUUCAUUCUUGUGGGGUUAACCAAUGCCCCCGAGCUGCAGAUCCCCCUCUUUAUCAUGUUCACCCUCAUUUACCUCAUCACUGUGGUUGGGAACCUGAGCAUGAUGGCACUGAUUCUCUUGGACUCCCAUCUCCACACUCCCAUGUACUUUUUCCUCAGUAAUCUGUCUCUGGUGGACUUUGGUUACUCUACAGUUGUCACUCCCAAGGUCAUGGCUGGAUUACUUAUAGGAGACAAGGUCAUCUCCUACAAUGUUUGUGUCACCCAGUUCUUUUUCCUUGUAGCCUUUAUCACUGUAGAAAGCUUCCUCUUGGCCUCAAUGGCUUAUGACCAUUUUGCAGCAGUGUGCAAACCCCUGCAUUACACCACCACCAUGACGACAGGUGUGUGUGCUUGUCUGGCCAUGGGCUGCUACAUCUGCAGUUUCCUGAAUGCCUCCGUCCACACUGGGAACAUUUUCAGGCUCUUUGUGGUUGAUCACUUCUUCUGUGAUGCUCCUCCUCUUCUGGCUCUCUCAUGUUCAGACAUCUACAUCAGUGAGAUGGUUAUUUUUUUGGUAGUGAGCUUCAGUGUUCUCUUUUCUGUCUUGGUCAUCUUGAUCUCCUACCUGUUUAUAUUUAUCACUAUUCUGAGGAUGUGCUCAUCUGAGGGACACCAGAAGGCCUUUUCCACCUGUGCCUCCCACCUCACUACAGUGUCCAUCUUCUAUGGGACGGGCACCUUCAUGUACUUACAGCCCAGCUCCAGCCAUUCCAUGGACAUGGACAAAGUGGCAUCCAUGUUCUACACCAUGGUCAUCCCCAUGCUGAACCCAGUGGUCUACAGCCUGAGGAACAAAGAGGUCAAGAGUGCCUUUAAAAAGGCUGUGGAGAAGGCAAAGUCUUCUACAGGAUUCAGAUUUUAA